UCAGGGAAAGAGAAGAAAAAAAGAAAAAAAGAAAAAGAAAAGAAAAGGAAAAGAAACAACAACACUCGAAGUCGAAGGCAUACAGAGGUAAGGUACCUCUUUGUAGCUUUUGUUGUUUGUUGGAGUGUUGAUGAGUCAUAACUCAAUUUUCUGUUGGAAUGAAUAUUGGGACAUAGAUAGCAGUAGCAGUUGAAUGAAUCUUGGUUUUGGUUUUGGUUUUGCUAUGCAUUUGGAAAACUGUGAUAUGUAUCAAAGUCUUGGCGCACACCGCCUCUUAUACCGGUCUCAGAUAUCUAACUACGUGAAAGCGGGACUAAUCGACAAAGCCAUCCAUGUGUUCGACGAAAUGACCCAAUCAAAGUGCCGCGUCUUCAGCGUCGACUACAACCGCUUCAUCGGCGUUCUCCUCCGCCAAUCUCGCUUCGACCUCGCCGAACACUACUACUACCACCACGUCAUCCCCCACGGCUUCUCCCUCUCCUCCUUCACCUACUCCCGCUUCAUUUCCGCACUCUGUAGCGUCAAUAACUUCACCCUCAUCCAGAACCUUCUCCGUGACAUGGACAACCUCGGCUGUGUCCCCGACAUUUGGGCCUUCAACAUUUACUUGAACCUCCUCUGCCGCGAGAAUCAGUUAGAAACCGCUUUGGAACUGUUUCAAAGCAUGCCCUUGAAGGGAAGAGAGCCUGACGUUGUUACAUACACUAUUGUCAUUGAUGCAUUGUGUAAAUUUAAACGGUUUGAUGAGGCUGCUCGGGUUUGGCGUGGCUUGAUUGAGAAGGGUUUGAGCCCUGAUUGUAAGGCCUGCACAGCGCUUGUGGUUGGGUUGUGCAGUGGUGGCUAUGUUGAUUUGGCAUAUGAGCUUACUGUUGGUGUGAUCAAGGGUGGAGUGAAGGUUAAUAGUUUGGUCUAUAAUGCUUUGAUUAGUGGGUUUUGUAGGAUGGGUAGGAUUGAUAAGGCGCUGGCUAUCAAGGCGUUUAUGAGCAGGAAUGGGUGUGUGCCUGAUUUGGUUACUUAUAACAUCUUGUUGAAUUAUUGUUGUAAUGAGGUUAUGCUGGAUGAGGCGGUGAGGUUGGUGGAGAGCAUGGAGAGGAGCGGGGUGGAGCCGGAUUUGUAUAGUUAUAAUGAGCUGCUGAAGGGUUUUUGUAAAGCUAACCAGAUGGAUAGGGCUUAUUUGACAAUGGUGAAGAGGAUGCAGACCAAAGGGCUCUGUGAUGUUGUUUCUUACAAUACUAUUAUCACGGCAUUUUGUAAGGCGCGCCGGACUAGGAGGGCUUAUGAAUUGUUUGAGGAAAUGUACAGCAAAGGGAUUCAACCCGACUUGGUGACAUUCACUAUCCUUGUAGAAGCGUUUCUGAGAGAAGGUAGCUCCCAUGUGGCCAAGAAGCUUCUUGAUCAAAUGACAAGGAUGGGUCUUCUUCCUGAUCGUAUAUUCUAUACAACAAUAGUUGAUCACCUGUGCAAGACUGGGAAGAUUGAUAUGGCUCAUAGUGUUUUUCGUGACAUGGUGGAGAAUGGAACAAGUCCAGAUGUGGUCUCAUACAAUGCCCUCAUAAAUGGGUUUUGCAAGGCUUCUAGAGUUAUGGAUGCCAUGCAUCUAUAUGAGGAAAUGCAGAUGAAAGAAUUAUAUCCUGAUGAGGUAACUUUCAAAUUGAUUGUUGGAGGGCUUAUAAGGGAAAAAAAGCUUUCAGUGGCCUGUAGGGUUUGGGAUCAGAUGAUGGAAAAAGGCUUUACACUUGACAGUCAUCUUUCUGAGACUCUAGUCAAUGCCAUUCAAUCAAGUGAUGGCACAUGAACAUGACACUGGUAAUGGCGCCUGUAAAUCAGUUUAACCCAUUUUUAUGCUGCACAUGGUGCAAUCUCAUACCUUCUCCUGUCUCUGUGCUCACAUAAUUCUUUUGUUCUGUGUAACAUACUGAUACUACUAAUUUACUGGCCAGUCUCUGGUGAAGGAUCCAUACCGAGGGAAGUUCUGUAAUGGUUUCUUGCUACCAGUGGAAGUAAUCUCAUGCAAGUUUUGUUUCAUAUUAUCAAAAGACCAUUCACAUGGUGGAUUGUGUUUGUCAAUACAAUAGUGUGUUCAUUUACUUUUUGGCCAUUGUUAUACAUGGAGAGCUAUGGAUUUGUUUCUCACCUAGCGCAACUGAUAAGAAUAAUUGAUCAUAUGGUUGAAGUCAGUCCAGCUGCCUAUUUAGAUCCCAGUUGAUGUUUCUUCAGAUUGAGGGUGGUUUUGAGUUAGUCUUACUCUGUCUCUUUGCUAUUUGAGUAAAUCCUUGUCUAUUGGCAGUUCAAUUCAAAUUGGCUCACAUCCAGCCCUGCAAAGCAGAAACAUUGAUGAUGAACAUUUUAUGUUAUUUUAUGGUUCUAUACUAUUAAUAAUUGUAUAGCACCCUUUUUGGGGUACCAACUCUUAAUGUUAGUAAAUAGAUGUCUUGUUGCAUCAGGAUGAAGUAUAGGGUAUUUACUAUGCCAUCUGUUAUGUGUUGGACAACAUAAGUUUGAACUAUGAAGAUACACACUCAUUGGUGAUUGCAUCUUGUUGUGACCUACGUCUAGUUCCUUGCGACCUUCUUCCUAUCCUAGCAAAUUAUUGAACAAUAAAUUCAGGUUUCAUACCACAUGCAUUUUGGAACCUUUAGCAAUAGAUCGACAGAUUACUAUUUGUGUGUAUGUAUAGGCUUGUAUAACUCAACAAAGAAUUGUGGAAAAAGUAAGAUCCACUUGGUAGUCUUGUUAGGUUAAAAUUCAAAUAUGUUAGAAUCUUAAAAAACUAUGAUGCUGGCAUAAGUUAUGUAUGGCUUCUUAUCGUCACAGAUUUUAAUAAGCUAAUAAUAAUAGCUAUUUGUUGGAUUAUACUGUUAUAAAUUUCAACUCGUCUGACCUGUAUUAGCAUUAUUCUCUGGUGAAUCUUGAUGGUUCUGUCUAUAUCUGCAGCAUGGAACUUCAAGCUUCUCUAAACAAAUGCCACCCUAAUCAAUACCUUUGUCCAAGUAUGUUUUUACUCCUUUAAUUUUAGCACAUUCUUUUAUUUGAGAACUGUCCAUUUUUGCCCUUGCCAACUCCUUUAUGAAACAAAAACAAAAGAAUGUAAAGAGAAAAAUUGGAUGUACGAAUCAUUCAAAGAUUGCAUAGUGUUUCUGAAGGGCUGCUGAAUCAAUUGGGAAUGACUGGGAGCUACCAAAUAUUAUGUUAUUUGGUAAGUUUUUGCUUUUGUUGCUGGACUAGUUUAUAGCACAUUUAUGCUGGAGAAUCUUGUAUCAGAAAAACUAUUUUAUAUGCAUAAGUUAUGUUAAUUUAGCUAGAUAAUUACACAGUACAAAUAGAUGUGUAUUCUCUAUAGUUGCAUUGAAGCUAAGAAGUUAGAACAUGGUUCGCUGCUACUCUUACUACAUUUUUUUUUCUUUCUUUGUUUUGUUUUAUUUUAUUUUUGUUUGUUUAUUUAUUUGGGGGGACAAAAUAUGUUGGUGGAGAUGCAAGGUAUCAAUUCUCAUACCUCUCGCAUGUCUGUGAAACAAAAUAAUUUUCUUACUUGUUAUAGUCAUAUAAUAUGAUAUUACUAUUCCCUGGCUCAUUGCAUGCUGGUGUAUAAUGCCUUAAAUAUUGAAGAUAAAUGCAUUUCCUUGCCAAUACAUUCUACUGUAGACAAUUUUGCGACUUGGAACAGGAGUAGCUGAAGUACAACUACAACCAGAAUAAUUAGCCAAUUGGCAGAUUGAUUUGAUAGAAAAGCAGAGGAAGAAAUAGAAAGAAGGAAAGGAGGGGGUGAAGAGAAAAGUGCAGGUGAAGGACAUAAAUCUGGAUUCUUGAUGAUUUCCAUGUUUUGCAAAUAGAAGUCGGUCAUCUAGUGUCCCAGCAACUUCUGGAUUAUGAAAGAAAAAUGGAAAUAUUAAGAAGAUGCCACGUUGGUGCCUAAAUAUCAGAAAAUGAUUUGUAUUAGGAAAUUAGUUUCAAAACUGCUAUAUUUUAGUUUGGAAAAGUGCAAUACUGAGACUGGGUUGACGAAUCCUUUCUGCAU